UCAAUCUGGCCCGCUUGGGGGGGCCUAGAAGGCCUAGCCCCAGCUGAAGGGGGCGCUCUUAGACCGGCCCGUGAGCAAUGAGAAAGUCAGCCCGAGCUCAAACUGUACAGCUAUUUGCUGAGACACAAACAGCUCCAGCCAUUGGAGGUCUCGUUUUAUCCCUCUCAUUGAAUGAAUUUACACUCCCUCCAGAAGUGGUGCUCUUUGAACCAGCUCCCGAAGACAUUCACAGAGGGGGUACACCAGCUCCACAGGGAAAAACGGGGAACCGCUUGAUUUUUCUCAACGUUCCUCUGCUGGACUUUGAACAGAAAGCUCUUGACAAGCUCCACGAAGCCUUGAAGAAUGAGAAGGCCCUUGCACCUGGCGGGACGAUGCCUGGCUACGUGCGAUUGCAUGCCUUGCGAUUGCUGCAGCAGGCCAAGUGGAAAGUUGAGAAGGCUAUUAACACGAUUGCAACUCAUUUGGAGAUGCGCGUGCAAAAGAUGCCGGUGAGGGAGGAUGCAGUCUUGAACGACUUGCAAACAGCCAUCAUGUACUGGCACGGCAGAGAUAGAUCGUGUCGGCCAAUCCUAGUGUGGCGCAUGGAAAAGGUCUAUGCUUUGGGUUUGGAUGCAGACCGAGCCACCAGGAUGAUCCUGUUCAUCCUCGAAUAUGCGGUGCGUUACCUGCUGGUCCCUGGGCGUGUGGAGAACUGGGUGCUGUUGGUGGACCUCACUGGCUGCGGUUUGUCCAUGGCGGCCAGCUCCACCUUCCGAUCCAUCACCCGUAACGUGACGAAGCUGUUAGAGGAAGUCUAUUGUGGUCGAAACUUCACCACCAAGAUCUUCCAUAUGCCCUCGUUGCUUCGUGCCAUCGUGAAUUCUCUGAUCCCAGAAGACAAAAAGUCAAAGGUAGAGUUUGUGGCAGAUGCAGACAUUCCUAGCACCAUGAGGAAGAUGUGCGAACCACAUCAACUCGAGGUGCAGUACGGAGGCACUGCUCCCAAUGUGAAACCUGGAGAAGUCUAUCCAUUUCGUUUUUCCCCUCAUUGUCGUGGUCCGCAUAGUGGCGGCAAGCCGCCCCUUCCCUCACUUCACAAGGUGACAGACCGUUUGUUUCACGAGGGCGUUUCACUGGAUAGCCAUGACAAGGAUUUGUGGAGUUACUCUCUCCAGCAACAGCCCCUGACGAGUAGAACCUCCAAAGCCAUGGCGGGUGUGGAGGAUUCAUUGGAAGCCACCACAACCUUGGAAGGCUGGCUGAAGAAGCUCGGGGGCCCCGAAGCCGACGCGUAUCGUGAAGCUCUUGGAGAACAGGAACCAACUCCAGCAGAGGAUGCGGUCCCGGUGUCUUCAGCAUCGGCGACUCAAUCACCUGUGCCAACUCUUCCUGAUGACUUGUUCAAUCAAGAUGGAGUGAAAGCUGCAGUCGAGGAUGAAGACGUCAACAAGGGUCUUUUCAUCAGUGAGAAAAAUCCAGCUCCUUUGAUGGAAGGUGAAUCUGCUGCAGUUUGCUGUGUGUGCACAGCCUGAUGACCUGGAAAGGCCCUGCAAUUCCCCUCUGGCCGCAAGGCCAGAGAUAAAUGGCUCUACAGGCUCUACAGGUCUGGUGUCCCUUCAUCCGCAAAGCAGCAGGAUGGAUGUAGCAGGAAGGAGU